AUAUAUAUGUAUGUAUUUAUAUAUAUAUUUAUAAAUUAAGUGAAGAUAGGGCGACGCCAAAGCGGAAAUGAGCACACUCCAUUUAUAAACCGGAGGGCGGCGAUCAACGACAACGACAGAAAGAAAUAAAGACCUCGCAACAUGCCGGAAGAGAAGGCAUCCAAUCUUGAGAAUGGCCAGACAACGGCAGCAUCCACACCCAGCCACAGCCAGAAGGCCAAACGCCAGAAGACCCCAACACGCCGACGGCCACCCAAUGAGGGGGACGUCGUCGCCGGUGGUGUGGGCAUCACCGGUGGCGGUGUGGUCAUCCUGCCCCAGCACGUACUCAACGAACUCUAUCACAACUAUUCCAUCAAGCAGCGACGCAGCGGCCUCAAGUGGUUCCUAUUUGCGGCCGUCCUCUUCAAUCUGUGGACGAUUUGCAUACCAUGGGAGCAGGCCCUGCCCACCCGGGUGGUGAACUGCAGCAUGUUGUUGGCCUACAUGGCGCUAACGGCUCUGUUGCACAUUGGACGUGGUUCGGAGCAGCCCUCAUUGAGACGCUUCCACCAAUCGUUGCUGACGAUUGUGCCACGUGCCCUGUGGUUUCUGUCGAUGCUCCAUUUCGCCGCCUAUGUGAUGCUGCAGGACAGCUUCUCGCCGCGGGAUGUACUCGGCUGGGCCAUAUUGUUAAACUUUCUGAUAUAUGUGACGCUGCCAUUGCCACUGAUUUUUCUGGGCUUAGUCAUUGGCUUUUGCACGUACUUCAAUUGCCUGAGUCUGCCGGUGGGCUUCUCACGGCCGGAUCGGUUAAUCUCCGAUCAGGCGGCGGCUAAUGCGGUUUUGAUAGCGACCGCGGCGUUAAUUGGCCUAUUGUAUUACUUUAUGGGCGAGGCCAAGCAGAAGCGUGCCUUUUUGGAGGCCAAGAAGAGUCUGGAAGUUAAGAUGGUCAUCGAGGAGCAGUCGGCGGAGCAGGAACGUUUGCUAUUAUCUGUGCUGCCCAAGCACGUGGCCAUUAAGAUGCGCGAGGAUUUGGGCUCAUCCAGCUCGGAGGCAUUCAAAAAGAUCUACAUGAGUCGGCAUGAGAAUGUUAGCAUACUGUAUGCGGACAUUGUCGGUUUCACCGCCAUCUCCUCGACGUAUAGCGCCCAAGAUCUGGUGAAAAUGCUAAACGAGCUCUUCGCACGCUUCGAUAGGCUCGCCGAGAAGUAUCAACAACUGCGCAUCAAAAUUCUCGGUGAUUGCUAUUAUUGCAUUAGUGGAGCGCCCGACGAGCGACCGGAUCAUGCCGUGCUCUGUGUACACAUGGGACUUUCAAUGGUGAAGGCCAUCAAAUAUGUGCAACAGAAGGCGAACUCACCUGUUGAUAUGCGUGUGGGCAUACACACGGGAGCUGUCCUGGCCGGCAUUCUUGGCCAGCGUCAGUGGCAGUUUGACGUUUACUCCAAGGACGUUGAGCUGGCUAAUAAAAUGGAGUCGAGCGGCAAGGCCGGACGCGUGCACAUUUCCGACAAGACAUUGGCCUUCCUCAAUGGCGAGUUCGAGGUGGAGCCCGCCUUUGGUGAGAAGCGCGAGGAACUGCUUCGCAUAGCGGGCCUAAAGACCUACUUCAUUACCAAAGUGGUUAAGCCGUUCGCCUCACCGUGCAGCAAGAAAAUCAACGAAUCCAAGUCGGAGGAUGCCAAUCACAGUCCCGACUCGAAUGCAAGCAGCAACGAUAGCAACGAGAAUGCUGGCGAUGACAAUGAUGCCACCCUGGAUGAUGAGGAGCUGCUGGCCCAGAGCGUCGUCAUCAACGGACACAAUCCAACGGCCGCCGAGGAUGAGGAGGAGCAAAUCAAGCUGGAGAAUUUCAAGCAGCGCUUGAAGGAUGAGCUCGUCACACGCGAUGGACAUGAAAAUCUGACCAAGGACACAAACAUAUUUCUGCGCUUCAAGAACCCGCAGCUGGAACAGGCCUAUGCCGUCUAUCGUGAACCGUACAGCUCUCUGCCAUUGCUGGCCGCAUUGCUGGUGCAGUGCAUCGAUGUGUUGUACUCCUAUCUGGUGUUGCCACGUUCGACGUUGCAUUUCAUUAAUAUUGCGGCACCGCUGGUGCCAAUUGCAAUGCUGGUGGCAAUUAGCAUUGCGGAAAGCUUUGGUGGCAUGCUGCCCAAGUUCUUUGUGGACGUGAGCAAGCGAUUCAAUGACAUUACCUUCGUGCGCGAACUGGCGGCCAUAAUUAUAGCACUCACCAUUGGGCUGAGCAACGUCAUCGACAUGUUCUUCUUUGUCACCUUCGUUCGCACCGAGCACAUUGUGAGCGAGAGUGAAUUCAAUGCCACGGCCGGACUGGAGGAGGUGGUCACCGCCGAGCACCUACUUCCCGAAUCCUUUGUGGAGCAAAUGCGGGACGCGGUGCCAACCGAACGUGUCCUAUAUCCGUCCUAUCUGAGCAACUUCAGUGUCCUUAUACUCAUCGCAAUCGCUGUGAUUGCUCAGCUCACCCAUUUGACCAAGAUCUUGCUGCUCUUGUCCAUUGCUGCUCUACAUUGCUAUUUUAAUGUGUGCAUCAUGCAGGAUUUAUACGUACUGGAAGAUGAUCUAGCAAAUCAGCCACUCAUAUCAACACGUUACUGUGCCUCAGGUCUGCUACUGGUUGCCGCAUUGUCGCUCAGCUUUCUGGCGCGUCAUAUGGAUCAUGAGGAUCGCGUAAUCUUCAAAUGGAAAACCGAGGUGGCCGAACAGAAGGAAACCGCCAACGAUAUGCGACAACGAAAUGAGGCAUUGGUCUACAAUGUGUUGCCGGUGCACGUCGCCGAGCAUUUUAUGAAGAACACAAAGCGUUCCCAUGACGAUCUCUACUCCCAGAGCUAUGCCGAGGUGGGCGUUCUAUUUGCCAGCAUGCCCAACUUUUCAGACUUUUACUCGGAGGAAACAGUUAACAAUCAGGGCUUGGAGUGUCUGCGUUUUCUCAAUGAGGUCAUCUCUGACUUCGAUGCGCUGCUGGAAUUGCCACAAUUCCAGGACAUAAUUAAAAUCAAGACCAUUGGAUCCACGUAUAUGGCGGCCAGUGGGAUUAAUUUGCAGCGCAAUCUGCGCAACGAUGCACCAAUUACCGAACGCUGGUCCCAUCUGGCCGUGCUCGUGGAGUUUGCCUUGGAGCUGAAGCAUGCGCUGCAGGGCAUCAAUGAGCAGUCCUUCAAUCAUUUCGUAUUGAAAAUGGGCAUCAAUCAUGGACCGAUAACGGCUGGUGUGAUUGGCGCCCGGAAGCCACACUACGAUAUCUGGGGCAAUACGGUGAAUGUGGCGUCGCGCAUGGAGAGCACUGGCAAAGCGGGCGCUGUCCAGGUCACCGAGGAGACCUGCAAGAUACUCGAACCAUUUGGCUAUAUGUUCCAGCAACGCGGCCUGGUCGUCGUCAAGGGCAAGGGCCAGCUAAUGACCUACUAUUUGCAGGGUAAAUCGGAGAGCAGCACAGCAGCAGUGCCCAAGGCGGCCAUUGAAUUGCAUGGCGCUGAGGAGGGUGCAGAAACAGGAACUGCUCCCGUUAGUAAUCUUGAGUGCAGCACGGAGCUGGAGGCGGAUAUUAAGACACCGCUGCUGAAGCUUAAAGCGAAGGAUGCAGCAACGGAAGCAGCUGCCACCGAAUCCUGUCUGAGUAAUGGCACAGUGGGCGAAUCUCAAUCGUUGUUGGAGUAAGAAACCAAACAUAAAAUCUGUGUAUGUGUGAGUGAGUGUGUGUGUGUGUGUGCGUGUGUGUGUGUGUGUGAACAAAGAGUUAACUGUUAGACAACUGUUAUACUUGCUAAAUUUGGUUUGCCUAUAUUCGUGUGAUAUUCUGCUAAACAAAAGAAAAAAACAUUUUAAAAAAAACAUUCGAGACGACGAUUAAAGUCGGAUCAUCUUUAGUUGUGUGUAUUUGUGUGUGUGUGUGUGUGUGUGUCGUGUGUGCGUGUGUGUGUGUGUGUGCGUGUGUGUAACUGCUCUCUGCUUUUGAAAAGUUUGUAAACUGUGUACCUAAAACAAGUAUAUAACUAUAACUAAGUAUUCGAAUUAUUGUGAGUGUUUUGUUUUAAACAAAUUGUUAUUUAAUUUACAUUUAAUGAAACUGUAACAUAACAAUUCAUUUGCUUUACAACAAUUAUUAGUCGAUGUGUAGUUGAAAUCAAUUUAUAUUUCAAUUUAGGAAUUAGCAAAACAAAAAAACAAAA